GAGCGGGCCGGGUGCGCCGCCGGCGUAGAGCCGCGGCCCGCACGCUGGGCUCCGCGACGCAGGUAGCGCAGGCGGCUUUGGAGAAUACGCGACUGGGUGCAGCCGGGGUUUGGUACCGAGCGGAGAGGAGAUGCACACGGCACUCGAGUGUGAGGAAAAAUAGAAAUGAAGGUGCAUAUGCACACAAAAUUUUGCCUCAUUUGUUUGCUGACAUUCAUUUUCCAUCAAUGCAACCACUGCCAUGAGGACCAUGACCAUGGCCCAGAGGAGCUCCACAGACACCAUCGUGGGAUGACGGAAUCUGAGUCAAGCAAAUUUUCAGUGCAGGAUGCUGAAAAUGAAAAAAAGUACUAUAUUGAAAAACUUUUUGACCGUUAUGGUGAAAAUGGAAGAUUAUCAUUUUUCGGUCUGGAGAAACUUUUAACAAACUUGGGCCUUGGAGAGAUCAAAGUCGUUGAGAUUAAUCAUGAGGACCUUGGCCAUGAUCAUGUUUCUCACUUAGACAUUCUGGCAGUUCAAGAGGGAAAGCAUUUUCAUUCGCAUAACCACCAGCAUUUUCACAAUCAUUUAAACUCAGAAAACCAUACUGUGACCAGUGUUCCACCAAAAAGAAACCACAAAUGUGAUCCAGAGAAAGAGGCAGCUGAAGUACCCAUCAAAUCCGAUGAUAAACACCCACGUGAGCACACUCACCGCCUCCAUCAUCGCCAUCGUUUGCAUCACCGCCUGGAUCAUAACACGACUCGUCGUGUUCAUAAUGAUUCCGUCACUCACAGUGAGCAUGGGGAGCCUGGUCACGGACCUUCAACAGAGAGCAAUAAAACACAGGAGCAAUCAGAAGUUAAGUCAUUGAAGGUCAGGAGGAAGGAAAAGGGGAAGAGAAAAAAAGAAAACUCGGAGGUUAACACACCAGGUUUCCUCCCCAACCAUGACCAUGGUGAACAAUAUGAGCAUAAUCGGGUUCACAAACUUGACCGUGUACAUAGCCCAGGCCACCCUCAUGCACAUCUUCCUGAGCAUAGCGGUCAUGAUCUUGGCCAUGGACACCAAGAUCUUGACCCCGAUAAUGAAGGUGAACUUCGACACACUAGAAAGCGAGAAGCUCCACAUGUUAAAAAAAGUGCAAUUUAUUCCACUCCUGCCCACAAAGACCAUAACGAAGACGACCGGCAACAUGAAUGCCUGAACGUCACUCAGCUGUUAAAACACUUCGGUCUUGGUGCCAGCUCUCCCAUCUCACCUGAUCUGUUUACGUACCUUUGCCCUGCCCUGCUAUAUCAGAUCGACAGCAGACUUUGUAUUGAGCAUUUUGACAAGCUUCUAGUUGAAGAUUUAAGUAAGGAUAAAGCUCUGGUUCCUGAAGAUAAGGCAAAUAUAGGGGCAUCAGCGUGGAUCUGUGGCAUCAUUUCUAUCACUGUCAUUAGCCUGCUUUCCUUGCUGGGUGUGAUUUUGGUUCCCAUCAUCAACCAAGGAUGCUUCAAAUUCCUUCUCACGCUCCUUGUUGCACUAGCUGUAGGAACAAUGAGUGGAGACGCCCUUCUUCACCUGCUGCCCCAUUCUCAAGGUGGACAUGACCACAGUCAUCAGCACUCACACGGACAUGGUCAUUCACAUGAGCAUGAGUCUGAGAAGUUUUUGGAGGAGUACGAUGCUGUGCUGAAGGGACUUGUUGCACUAGGAGGCAUUUACUUGCUGUUCAUCAUUGAACACUGCAUCCGAAUGUUUAAGCACUACAAGCAGCAGAGAGGAAAACAGAAAUGGUUUAUGAAGCAGAGCACAGAAGAAUCAACUAUUGGAAGAAAGCUUUCAGAUCAUAAGUUAAACAGCACACCAGAUGCUGAUUGGCUGCAACUCAAGCCCCUUGCCGGAACGGAUGACUCAGUAGUUUCUGAAGAUCGACUUAACGAGACUGAACUGACAGAUAUAGAAGGCCAACAAGAAUCCCCUCCUAAAAAUUCCCUGAGUGUGGAGGAGGAGAAAACCAUGGAUCAUUCUCACAGUGAUGGACUGCACACCAUUCAUGAGCACGAGAUCCAUGUGACUGCACAUAACCACCACGACAAGGAGAAGGCUGUGCUGAGGAAGCACAGCCACCAGUGGCACCACAGACACGCCCAUCAUUCGCACGGCCCCUGCCACUCUGGCUCAGACCUGAAAGAAACAGGAAUAGCCAAUAUAGCCUGGAUGGUGAUCAUGGGAGAUGGCAUCCACAACUUCAGUGACGGGCUAGCCAUUGGGGCCGCUUUCAGUGCUGGACUGACUGGAGGGAUCAGCACCUCCAUAGCCGUCUUCUGUCAUGAACUACCACAUGAAUUAGGUGAUUUUGCAGUUCUUCUGAAGGCGGGCAUGACUGUAAAGCAAGCAAUUGUGUACAAUCUCCUCUCUGCCAUGAUGGCUUACAUAGGAAUGCUCAUCGGCACAGCUGUGGGUCAGUAUGCCAAUAACAUCACACUCUGGAUCUUCGCAAUCACAGCAGGCAUGUUCCUCUAUGUGGCCUUGGUGGACAUGCUUCCAGAAAUGCUGCAUGGCGAUGGUGACAAUGAAGAGCAUGGCUUUUGUCCAGUCGGGCAGUUCAUUCUUCAGAAUUUAGGACUGCUGUUUGGAUUUGCCAUCAUGCUGGUGAUCGCCCUCUAUGAAGACAAAAUUGUGUUUGACAUCCAGUUCUGACCAUUCCCGGUUUCUUUGUUGAUUGCGAGCACGUUGGUGCAGCUUGCCCCAUUCCUUGUACUGUAUGCACAUUGCUCAGAGAAUCCAGUGGCCCGCACCACUCACAGGUUCUGUAGAUUUGAGCCUAACCAUAAAAGACUGGUGCUCAGUACUGUUUGCUCUGCAUGAAUGGGGCUUUUAAAAACAAAGUUUGUAAUAAAGACAGGAGAAAAUGGGACUCCGUGAACCAAUACUGAUAGAAGUUUAAGACUUUAAAAAGAGAGAGAAUCAUAUAAAACACUAGUCUUUUUAUUAGUAGAAACUUCUGUGGCUAUGCAGAAAUAGAAAUUAAACCAAAAAAAAAAAAUCAUUUAAAUUUAAAAAGUAUUUUAAAUGGACUUUGAGCAGACAUUUUUGUGUGUGUGCUAAGAAUGAACUUUAGUGCCCUUUAAUUCAGCUACAUAUAUGCAUACGGGAAUAAUAGGGAUCAACUUGACACAACUUUGAAAUUGUAUAAAGUCGACGUUAGGAACUAGGGGAAGCCCGGGCUGCGUUAGAAGAUGAAUUUAGCAUAGGGAAAAGCCCUUAUUCUUGAAUCUAGAGUUACUAUUUUUGUAUAUAUUUGCAUAGUGUUCAGACUUGCAGCCUAAACUACUGAAAUUUGUGACUGUAUGUUUGUGUGAACUUCAGUUUAAUGAACUAUUCAUAAUGGUUCUUUGCAUCACUAUACUUGGUGUUGGGGUUUUUUUUAACUUUGUUUUUAUUUGGGGGCCCAGUCAGAGCAUGUAGUCAGAUACCUUUUUCUUAAAAUCACCACUCUAGAAAAUAUCAGAGAAGUGGCAUUCCUUUUCCCUAGGACUAGCUAGGCUAAUUGGAAGCUUGAAGUUCUGAGUGUUCAUGUGGCUUACCAGUUUGACACUGGAACUCAGAGCACAUGCUGUGGCUGGUAGUAAAAUCCGAGUCUGCCAUGCCUGUAGUCUCUCCAUAUAAGAUGUCGGAUAAACAGUUACUGCACUGGUACCAUAGCCACUUUGGUACCACAUACAUGACUAAGCCAAAUCACUUUAUCAUUUUGUGCCAAGAGACAUUGUUGGUGCCUGCUCUGGAAUAGUCUGUGUUUGGGUGCCUGUUCUUACACCACUGGUCAGAUGAGGUGUGAGAAGCGUAAGUCAUGUUUAGCCUGAACUGUGACUCGGUAGCUCAUGGACUAGUCAUGUGCAUACAGCUGUUUACACCUCCUGCCACUCACUCUUACGCAGGUAAACUUUCUCAACCGUGUGCAGCUAGCUUUAUUUUAACUGCUUGGCAGCCAGGAUAACCCUGGGAGAAAAGAAACUACGAAAGCCAAACCCUGUCCAUUCCAUUUUAAAUGUUUUUAUUCAGUCCCUUUGCCAGUUCUUUUCCUCUUACUCUGUGAAUUUUUUUAAGGAAAACAAAGCUUUGAGAGCGGCGUGUGCAUCCAGGUGUCGGCAGGCGAGCACCAGCAUCUUCGUUAGGGUUUUUAGGCGGUCCUUCUGUGGUUUACAGCAGUUGUUUUUUCUGAGCCCUCCUUGCAGUAAGUGGCUUUAUACACCCAUUUUCAUCACUCCCCCUCAUUGCCUGGCCUUGUAGGCAGCCUUGCUGAAAGGUGCUGGCGUACCAAGUACUGCGAACUCCAAGUGACUCAUAUUUUGCUUUCAAAACCAAGAUGCAUUUGUAUUUCAUUGUUGAGUUUUAUACCCAAGGAGGAUUAUGCAUUUCAGCAUUAAAUCUGCUUCAUUUAAAACAACAGCUGGAAUAUACUCCCAUUCUAAAAUGCCUCAUUUAAAGCUGAUCGGUUAUGCCUACAGUAUACAAAUGAAUGGUAUCUUUCUUUGUUAGAAUUUCUUAACCACUUAGGAGGGCUUUAACAGAUGCUGCUAGUAUUUUGAUAGGGUUCCACCAGAAUUUAGUUUUUACAUCAUUCUAAUGUAUGGUUUCAGGUCUCACUCGACAAUCCUAAUUCCACUACAUUUCUGUUUGGCUCCAACAUUCCACUUAGCUUGACCAGUCUAGUUUUAACAUGCUUGUUGGAGGUCACCAAUGUUACUUGUACAAUGCUGUCACCAUGUGACACCCAUAUGGAUUUUGGUGUAUAUCACAUUGCAUUCAACCGGCUGUGAUUAUGCUUAGAAAUACAAUAGUAACUAGAUGCAGUGUGAACCUUUUCCAUUAACCCUAAGUCAGUGGCUUAAAUGUGAUUAUGGUCCUGCAAGGUGAUACUUGCUAAAAUAUCUAGACAUUUUUUUGUUGUUGUAACUGAAUCAUUUUUUUUAAAUUUAUAAAGCUGGAAGUGAUCAAAUGCUGUUUUUUCAUUGUCAACAGUGCUGUGUCAUUUUAUAUAUGUUCCUAAUGCUUAAUGGAACUCUCCCAAAAUAAAGUGACUCAAAAG